UAAAAUGUAUUUAUUCUAAUUCAUUAUAUUUUAUUUUCAAAUGAUUUUUUGAAUAGGUAGUCUGAGUAGUCAAUUCAAUUAAAAAAAAAAAAAAAACUAUCAUGGAACAAAUAAAUAACUCUGUUGAAGUGUUAAAUAUUGUAAGAUCGAUUGUCCAUCAUUUAAAUAAAGUCAACUUAGGUAACAUGACACAAAAAAUUAUUGCUUUGCCAAUAAAUAAUGUAAAACUACUUGAAGAAAUAGCAGAUAUAAUAUAUGAUCGAGCUUUAAAAAGACAAAAUUAUACGCAUAUAUAUGCCGAUAUGUGUGCAAGUAUGAUUAAUAAUUCAAAAUUUAAUAAACUUACAACAAAUACUGAAAUUACAUUUCAAAAAGUUCUAUUAAAAAAAUGUUCUGAUGUAUUUUAUACAUUAACAAAGAACCAACAAGAAUUAAACACAUUAAAACAGAAGAUGAAAAAUAAUAGUAAGGAAUUAGAGAAGUUUAUAAACACUUUAAAUUGUUAUCAAUUUGAAUUUAGUAAAAAAGUUGUAUCCAAUUGCAGAUUUAUCAGUGAACUGUAUAGAAAGGGUGCUUUUCCAGAAAAAAUUUUAUUGGCAUGCAUUACAGAUUUAAGUAAUGAAAAUGGUGAAUUUCAAAUGCAUUGUUUAUGUAUAAUACUUCAAUUAACAGGCCCAAAAUUAUCAAAAGCAUAUGAUUUGAACGAACCAGUUAAUGCGCUAUUAUUCUUUAUGGAUAAUUAUAAAAUAUCAUCAACACUAAAAUUGUUGAUACUCAAAGUACAAGAAAUGCAUUCUGAGGGUUGGAUAAAUGAGCAACCUAUAGAUUUUAUAGGAAAAAAUUAUAGGCUAUUUAGUGAAUUACCAACACAAAUGAAAAAUAUGUUUACAAUAAAAUCAUAUAAUAUGAUGUCAGUGUGGAUUUUUGAUGAAUGUUAUGAUAUUCUUUUCAAUUUUGUCAACAGCAAGAAAAUUGAUGAAGUUAUACAUUUAUUAAAAAUGAACAAUAUUUGGAUUCGCUACAAUCCUAUAUCUUUUGCUGUUUCAAUGAUUCUUGUAGCACUAGAAGAAAAUCAAAAUAUAAGAAAUUAUGCUGGAAAACUUUUAGACAAUCUUGUUAAAAAAAAAAUGUUGUCGUAUUAUUCAAUUCAAUCAGGAGUCAAAGAAGUAUUGAAUGAUCCAGGCACUAAGAAAGAAUAUCCAAAUUUAUCAAAUUUAGUGUUAGAUAUAACUGAUCAAAUUAAACUUUAA